AUGCUCGCCCCGCCGCUCGCCCAACCCGGCCCGGCCCGGCCCGCCGCCCUACCUCGCCCGCCCGCGCCGCCGGCCGUGGAGUUGCCGCAGCCCAUGGGCGCUGCCCUGGCCGGCGCUGCGCCCGCCGGUGCGCUGCGGUCACGGGAGACAGCCGGCGGCGGGCGGAGCCGGGUGGGAGAUAAAGCCGCGGGGACCCCUCCUCCUCCUCUUCCUCCUCCUCCUCCUCCUCUCCCCACCCAUCGCCCGGGAAACCGCCGGCCCCAAGCGCCGCCGCCCGGCCCCGGCCCCGGCACCUCACCGCACCCGCUGUUCGUCCCCAAGGAGCGCCACACCCCGAGCUGUCCCCUCGCCCGGACGGGCUGGAGCUGCAAAGCCGGAGAUAUGGCUCAGUCCAGGCUCAAGCCCGCAGGACUCCGAACGACCCCCACCCGCAGGCAACAAGCCCAGAGCCUCCCCGGGCAGUGGAGAUGCUCCUUGGCUCACGCGUUUCACCGGAGCUUUGGGACACCCUCAUUUGCCAAGGGGAACAUCGGCAUAACCACAGGACCGGGCUGCAAACCCUAUAUCUGCUAUCAGUAA